AUGGCAGCCCAAGUACACAGUGAGGAUUCUUUUUCUAAGAGAGGGGAAACAGGAGCAGGUUUGCAAAGAGGCGAAGUGACCAUGCAGAGACAGAGCCUGAAGAUUGCUGAAGAUGUUGCUCUCACACUAACAAAUCUAAAUGACAAGAAGUCUCUGCAGAUGAAGACAGUCUGGGAUGAACGCCAACAACUGACCGAGAAUGACAGCUUUCUCCAAAACACCAACGCAGCUGAAGGUGCAAUGCUGAAUUUGCAGAGCAAAAUUACCAAAAUGGACUACAUCUUGGACCGAUCAGACGAUGAGGACAACAUUUUCUCUGAAAACCCUCAAAAUGACUUCCUUCACCAGGAUAUGUUGCAGAUGGAGGCUGAGCAGGACCAGAAUCUGCAGCAUGAGCAGAAUGAGCAAGAAACAGCUCAUAUUCAACAUGAGGAUCCUCAAAUGCCCACAUCUCUGCAGUUUUCAGAGGAGAACAUCUCUGUACUGAGUCAAGAGAACAUGGUCUUCAAGUUAAACCACUGGAAUGGAAAGAUGGAUGUACAAGUGAAAGAACUUAAUCACAUAGGCUGGAUGGAGAAAAUUAACAAUAUUAUACGAAAAAUAAAUGUAACAAAAAGCACAAUGAAGAGCUUAUUAAGUGAGAUGUUGUCCCUGGAGGGCCAAAUUGAAAAACUGGAUUCCCACCAGGACCUUUACCCUAAUCAGGGAGCAAACACCGAGGCGGAUGCUUGUAAUGAAGCUCAUGAAUUAAAGGAGAAACUUCUUGAGAGAGUGGAGAACUUUUCCAAGGCCAUAACUCUGAUGAAUAGAAACCAGGGGGAGUACCAAAUGCAAGAACAGAAAACAGACUCUCCCAGUCCCAGAGAAAUGGAACCACUGCUUCCUCAGGCUCCAUCACCCCCUUUAGUGGAAAACUCUCCUCCUCGCCCUACAGAGUGGAAACAUGCAUUGAGGAUUUUCAUCUUGUUUUGUAUCCUCACCUUCAUUGGACUUUCAUGUUACAUACUAUUCUUUGAUCCUACAUUUAUCUUUGAAAGGAUGCUCCCUAAAAUGCUUGGUCGCCAAAGAAUGUGGGAACUACGGGAGAUUAUCGCUCCUUUCUUGAAUUUGGAAGUGGAAGACUUGUUACCCUCUUAA